GAUUAUCUUCUUGUACUAGUAUCAUUCUUCAAGUUAUAUAGUAGUAAAAUUCUCCUUUUUUCUCACAUUAAAGAAGAAAGCAUAAAUAUUUCGAUAUGAACGAGAGAGAAAACAAGGGGAGAAGGCUCUAUGAAGCUUGUUUGAGUGGGAGUGUCCCAGCUUUAGACGCGUUGAUUGAAGAAGAUCAACUUAUUCUUGACCGAGUUAGCUCACUAACAUGCUUCUCCGAUGACACCCCCUUGCACGUAGCAGCAUUGCGCGGUCAUUUGGACUUCACGAAAGCCCUUCUAGCUCAGAAACCAAAACUUGCCACUGAGUUAGACUCGCUACGGUGUUCGCCCCUCCACUUAGCUUCCGCUGAGGGCCACGCUGAAAUUGUACGAGAGUUGUUACGGGUGAACACCGACGUCUGCAUCGCUCAUGAUCAGGAUGGUAGAAUCCCUCUCCACUUGGCAAUCAUGAAAGGGCGAGUUGAGGUCAUAUUAGAACUGCUUCGAGCCAAACCGGAGUCGAUUCAUGAAAAACUAAGCAAAGGGGAGACUGUUUUGCACUUAUGUGUCAUAUAUAACAGGCUAGAGGCUUUCAAGACAUUGGUGCAAUAUUUGCACAACCACCACCAAGAGUUUCUCCUCAACACUGGAGACAAUGAUGGUAACACCAUCUUGCAUCUUGCUGCAGCUCUCAAACAAAAGGAUACCAUAGAAUACUUGUUGGGAAUAAAAAGUGUCAAAGACCACGCCAAAGUCAAGAAUAAGAAUGCUUCUACAGCUUUGGAUGUUGUGGAGCUCUGUCCUACCAGAGACCUAAAAACUAUGGAAAUUCGAGAGUUUCUUUUACAAGCUGGGGUUCGUAGAUCCGUUUACAGUGAGUUGGAUCCCAACCCUGAAUCAACUCCCAAUAAUCCUCCUCCUCAACGUUGUUGUAAAGCUGGAGUACUAUUAAUUGGAUGCAUUUCUAGGUUUUGGACCAAGUAUAUCAAGGUCGAUCGUGUCUGGCUCCAAGAGGUACGCGGCCAUUUAAUAACGGCAGCCACCCUAACUGCAACCAUGGCUUAUCAAUCCAUUUUAAGUCCGCCUGGUGGUUUUUGGCAAGGCACGGAGAGAAGCCAAAAUGCCACUUCGCUUGCCCUUUCUCCUUCAUCAGGCUAUUCAGAUCCUAUUUCGGAUGAGCAAAUUGCAGGACAUGCCGUUCUGGACAACAAUGACGAUGGCAGGUAUGCUGCAUACUUGGUUAUUAACACCAUAAUGUUAACAGCAUCAUUGAGCACUAUUAUGCUGGCCAUGACUGGAUUCCCGAUGCACAACAAGCUUUUAACAUGGCUGUUGGUAUUCACUAUGUACAUCACAAUUUCAUGUAUGACUGGAGCUUAUGUGUUGGCAAUGACUAUAGUAUCCCCAGGCAUAUGGUAUAAAUUUAAGCUCGCUUCGGAUAUACUUUCUGGACUGUUGCUUGGUUGGCUGGGUCUAUGCACAUUUGUUGCGCUGCUUCACUCAUGCCGCUUCUUGGUAUGGCUGGGGAACAAGUUGGUAAAACUUGUUACAGCAUGUUAUCGUUGUUGCAGACCAACUCCAAGAGCUGCCCACAAUACUACUGAUCAAUCAGGAUUCCAGCAGCUGGCAGUCAUAAGUGCAUAGGAAACUUCUGUUAGCUAGUCUUUGGACCACUUUGGGCUUCUAUUUCAAGCCGAGGGUUUGUGCUUGUGGGUCGGGGUCAAUACUGGAGACUAGUUGAUCCGGUGUGGUCGACAACCUUUAGUAAAUAGUACGGUAACAUGUGUGUGAGUCUGUGAAAUCCUUUAUUAUGUGAUUGUGAGUAUAUUUAUGUAGCAUGUGUGUGCCCACUAGCCCAGGGUUUGUAGUAGCUAGCAUGCCCACCAUUUACCAUAUACAUGAACCCCCUAUGUCAUGCUGAAUCCCAUUGCUCCCUUCAGUUGAAUGUUAUGAAACCCCUACGUCAUCAAAACUCAAAAUCAACCACUUGUUUCUGUGGCUUUCUGCACCGAAAAGAAAGAUCGAGUUUGUAUCUCUCUUUUCUUUUUUUUUCAUUUGCUAUCAUAUGAGAAAUGUUUCAAUAAUACUUUGGUGACAA